AUGUCAGGAGAAGUACCCGAAUCUUCUAAAGAAACCCAAUGUCUAAUGGCUAGUGUUGUCCACAACACAGAAUCAUCUGAUGAAUGUAAUACUAGUACAAGCAAUCUUAAAGCCAAGAUAAGCUUACUUGGUGUGCGAAGGCAAAAGAAUGGGAGGUAUGGUGCUGUGAUUACAGACACCACUAAGCAUAAGCAAGUAUGGCUGGGCACUUUUGACACUGUUGAAGAGGCUUCACAAGCUUAUUUCUCCAAGAAGUCUGAGCUUGAGAAUGAGAAAUUAAGCCAGCAGCGGAAUAAGGAGAAUAGACCAAAGAAGAAUUGUGAUCAAAUUCAGCAGCCUGAAUCACCUGUUAUACAAGCAUCCUUGUCUGUGGCUGAUAUUCGAACCUUAAAUACUGCUAGUGUGGGUAUGAGAAAUGAAAGAACUGAUUUUCAUGGAACAGCACUUAUUGUUGGGGUUCACAAGAGCAAGACGUCAGAGAAAGAACCUGAAUUUUCGAAAGAAACCUCAUGUCUAAUGGCUAGUGUCCAUGGCACAGAAUCAUCUGAUCAAUGUAAUACUAGUAGUACAAGCAAUCCUAAAGCCAAGAUAAGCUUAAUUGGAGUGCGAAGGCAAAAGAAUGGGAGGUAUGGUGCUGUGAUUACAGACAAAACUAGGCAAAAGAAAGUAUGGUUGGGCACUUUUGACACUAUUGAUGAAGCUUCACAAGCUUAUUUCUCCAAGAAGUCGGAGCUUGAGAAUGAGAAAUUAAAUCAGCAGGGUAAUAAGGAGACUCGUGAUCAAAUUCAGCAGCCUGAAUCACUUGUGGCAUCCUUGUCUAUGGAUAAUGACCAAACCUUGAAUGCUGCUAGUGGUGGUAGAAGAAAUAAAAGAAUCGAUUCCCACAAAGCAACAACAGAUAUUGUUGGGGUUCACAAGAACAAGACGUCAGGAGAAAAACUCGAGUCUUCUAGAGAAACCGCAAGUCUAAUGGAUAAUAUACAUGGCACAGAAUCAUGUGAUGAGUGUAAUACUACUACAAGUUGCGAUCCUAAAGCCAAGAUAAGCUUAAUUGGAAUUCGAAGGCAAAAGAAAGGGAGGUAUGGUGCUGUGAUUACCGACCGAAUUAAGCAUAAGAGAGUAUGGUUGGGAACUUUUGACACCGUUGAAGAGGCUUCACAAGCUUAUUUGUCCAAGAAGUCCGAGCUUAAGAGAUUAGGUCAGCAGGGUGAUAAGGAGAAUAAACCGAAGGACUGUGCUCAAGUUCAGCAGCCUGAAUCACCUGUUGUGCAAUCCUUAUCUGUGGCUAAUCAUGAUCAAACCUUAAAUACUGCUAGAAUGAGAAGAAGAAAUGAAAGAAUUGAUUCUCACAAAACAACAACACGUUUCUUUAGGGUUCACAAGAGAAAGGAUUCAGGUAAAUAUACAUCUGAGAUUAGAAACCCCAUCAGUAAGAAAAGAAUUUGGUUGGGGACUUUUGGCACUGCUGAAGAGGCUUCCCAGGCUUAUCAAUCCAAGAAGCUCGAGUUUGAGAGACUAGUCCAUGCCAAGCAGCAAUGUGGUAAUGAACAAACUCAUUCUACACAAGAUGAGAAAUUAGUCAAUGUCGAGUCAGGACAUGAAAAUGAAAAUCGUGAACUCGAAUCAGCUGGUGGAUCAGAAAUUAAUGUUCCAAUCUCAAAUUCAUCAAAUGGUGGAAUUGAAGAAAGGAUUGAUUCUCACGAAAUAGGCACUGCUGAAGAAGCUUUGCAUGCUUAUCAGUCUAAGAAAUUCGAUCUUCAGAACUCAAAGGAGGUUGAGCUGCAAAGCGAUAUGCCAACUGAUUCUAAUGCAGGGGAGAAGCAAGAAGGUCAAGAGGAUGAUGAAGAUUUAGAGAUGGGGGAAUGGGUGCAACUUCCAGGUAAUAGGGCAGUCAAAUUUUCACUGAAAUUGGGCUUACCAAUCAUCGAUAACUAUGGAUCUCUUUUAGGUGAAUUCAGUACUUUGGAUGAUCUCAGUAUCUGUAAGACUGACCAUGACAAUGAAACAUAGCU